UCUCUCUCUCUCUUGCACUUUCUCUGUUAAGCCAGCACAUCGAAUGCGUCUCAGUGACAGGCAGUGCUCUCGGAGAGUCGGAGGGAGCUGAGGAGGGGGAAUCCUGCUCGGAGCCAUUUUCUCAGAGGAGCCCUGGGGACAUUGGAUGGGAAGAGGAUGCACUGUGGGCUGCUCGAAGAGCCUGAUAUGGAAUCCACAGAGAGCUGGAUUGAAAGGUGUCUUAAUGAAAGUGAGAGCAAACCCUAUUCCAGCCACACGUCCCUGGGGAACAUGUCCACGGAUGAAAAUGAAGAAAAGGAAAAUAACCGGGCGUCUAAACGGCAUUCAACCCCGGCGACUUUACAAUGGUUGGAGGAGAACUACGAGAUUGCUGAGGGAGUGUGUGUCCCUCGCAGUGCACUGUACAUGCACUAUCUAGACUUUUGUGAGAAGCAUGGCACUCAGCCUGUCAAUGCUGCCAGUUUUGGGAAGAUAAUAAGACAACAGUUCCCUCAAUUAACAACACGAAGGCUGGGAACCAGGGGCCAAUCAAAGUACCACUACUAUGGCCUAGCAGUGAAGGAGAGCUCCCAGUACUACGAUGUGAUGUACUCCAAGAAGGGUGGCGCCUGGGUAAACGAGACAGGCAAGAAAGAGGUUACCAAGCAGACAGUGGCGUAUUCACCCCGCUCCAAACUGGGCACUCUGCUGCCAGAAUUUCCAAAUGUCAAAGACCUAAAUCUGCCUGCCAUUCUGCCAGAACAGAAGGUUUCAACGUUUAUCAUGAUGUACAGAACACACUGCCAGAGAAUACUUGACACCGUCAUACGAGCUAAUUUCGAUGAGGUCCAGAGCUUCCUGUUGCAUUUUUGGCAAGGGAUGCCACCACACAUGCUGCCUGUCUUGGGCUCAUCCACUGUGGUAAACAUUGUAGGGGUGUGUGAUUCCAUCUUAUACAAAGCCAUUUCUGGAGUCCUCAUGCCCACGGUCCUACAGGCCCUACCUGAUAGCCUGACUCAGGUCAUCAGGAAAUUUGCCAAGCAGCUUGAUGAGUGGUUGAGAGUGGCUCUGCACGAUCUGCCCGAGAACCUGCGCAACAUCAAGUUUGAGUUGUCAAGAAGGUUCUCCCAGAUCCUCAAGCGGCAAACGUCAUUAAAUCAUCUUUGUCAGGCAUCACGGACUGUGAUCCACAGUGCAGAUAUCACCUUUCAGAUGCUGGAGGACUGGAGGAAUGUAGAUCUGAACAGCAUCACCAAGCAGACACUUUACACAAUGGAGGACUCCAGGGAAGACCAGAGACGACUCAUAAUCCAAUUGUACCAGGAGUUUGACCGGCUUCUGGAGGAUCAGUCCCCCAUUGAAGCGUACAUCGAGUGGCUGGACUCUAUGGUGGACAGAUGUGUUGUGCGGGUGGCGGGGAAGAGACCCGGAUCCCUGAAGAAGGUUGCUCAGCAGUUUCUUCUCAUGUGGUCUUGUUUUGGGACAAGAGUGAUCCGGGACAUGACGCUGCACAGCGCCCCUAGCUUCGGUUCGUUCCAUCUGAUUCACCUGAUGUUUGAUGACUAUGUGCUGUACCUGCUGGAGUCACUACACUGCCAGGAAAGAGCCAAUGAGCUGAUAAGGGCCAUGAAGGGAGAAGGAACUACAGCGGACAGUAGUGAGGAUAUGUUGGCAAGUGAGAGCACCUCCGUGUCCCCUGAACCCUACUCUCCUGCAAAGUCAGUGCCCUCAGUAGGAGCAGUUGCCACCAGCACUCCGACUUCAGCCCAGUCCCCAGAAUACAGCAGUGUGUCUGUUACCUCAGGAGCGCUUCAGUCAUAUACAUGGUCCCUUACAUACACAGUGACCACGUCAGGAGGCAACCCCCCCGACGGAGGAUCCCAGCUGUCUUGCAUGCGUACCAGCGCCCCUGUGCACCCUACCUCGUCCGCACACCGGAUGCAAGUCUACCCCUACAGAGACGAGCACGGAUACACGGGCAGCUACAACUACAGCAGCUACACGAACCAGCAUCAUCAUGCUAUCCAGAGCCAGUAUCCGAGUCUGCCCCAUGAAGCAGGCCUCCCAACCCCACUGCACUAUUCCUCCUACCACCGUUCCUCCGCACAGUACUCGCUGAACAGCCCGAUGUCCCGCAUGGAGCCAUGUCUGAUGGGUGGUACUCCCCGGCUGCAUGCGACCCCAGUGACCCCCCGCUGGCCAGAUGUUCCCUCAGCCAACAGCUACUCCAGCACUCCUAUGCACUCGACACGCUAUGCCUCUACAGGAGACAUGUACUCUUCUUUAACACCACGCAGGAACUCUGAAUAUGAGCAUGCACAACACUUUCCUGGCUUUGCCUAUAUUAGUGGAGAAGCUACUACAGGCUGGGCCAAAUAGCUCAAUCUUUAUCCUUUUAGAAAUAUCCCCAGAGAUGUGCAUCAACAUGAAGAACUCCAGCAAGGCCAGGAAACAUUCAGUGUCAUCCUUACAACAUGGAGAGGUUUCCAGAAAACGAGCUGGUAUCAGACGGGUGUCUACAGUGACAGCUGUCAGACUGACUCUUUCUCACCAAGCAGAAUCAUUGUGACGUGAUGAUGUUGCAGGUCUUGCCUAAGUGUGCCUUUUAAUUAUCUUUCAGUUUGUUAUGUUUCAUUCCUUCUCUGAACAGUCUUGGAUUACGGCCUAAUUCGAUUCUGAAAGUACGCAUCUAACAUGCUUCUGUCCUGCUGCUUGACGUCAACGCAGCUCUUUAACAACACUAAAGAAUUCAUUACGUCCCUCCGUAGAGCGUUCACCCUUGUGUUUUCUGUGUUUUCUCUCUUGCGCUUUGCGGUAACUGAUCCAGGAAGCAUAAAACCUUUUGGCGCUCUGCCAUCAUACGCGCGUAAAAGGAAGGGAGUUUACUGUUGAUUUGAAUUACAUCUAAUGUAUGACUGCUGACUGUAUGCGUGACAGUGGGGCAUUUAACAUGCUGAGACGGCAGUUUUAGUAACAUGAUGUCCUUUGGCUUUGUUUAUAUGUGUUUGUAUUGUAAAUUUCAUUUUUUUUUUUUUUUUUUAGAAAAGUGUUAACUUAGAUUUGUGUGUUUUUAAAUGCACUCAAAGGUACAGUGGACCUAUUACCCUAUGGGUAGAAAUAAAAAAGGAAAGAAUAUCAAAAUGUAACAUUUAUCAUUAGCCACUUUCUCUUGUAAAUAAAAGCACUCAAUAACGUCUGUGGUGACAGCUGUUACCGUGUAAAUGAUAUAUGUGGAAUUAUUUGUUGCCACAUAAACAUUUUUUAAAACCCAAUAUCAAGCGUGAUUAUUUGCCUGUUUAAAUGA